UUUUAAAUUCUCUUCGUUCAUUCACGCCUCGGUGCUGUAGAGCACAUCCAACGUCGUUUCUUUCUUGUUUUUCUUUGUUACUGACAACAGUCCCUCGUUUCGCGUUGUCCCUUGUAUAGCAUUUGUUUCACCACAGCGUUGCCUUUGUUGCAUUUCCUCGUCCCAUUUCGAGGCAUUUCUGCUGAAAUCUGCAUUGUUCCAAGCCCUCCACGACUUUCGACCCGACUCUUUAUAAAGAACCCGUAUCCGCCUGCCGGAUCAACCUCACAACAUCAACCCAACAUGGAAUGCUUUCGGCAAGUCUUCCGGUGCAUCAAGGCACCUUUCACACGCAACAAAGGAAGGAUCAUUGAAAUUACACUUGAGAGUUCGAUUGUUGUUGGAAAGCCGGUGGCUAACCAGUACAUCAAUCAGGGUCCUCCCACCAACUUCCGCAAAGAAGAAUUGCCUGCCUGCUUCUCUGAUGCCGAGUCAGUCCUCUCGCCCAGCCAGCCCCCGACAGAGCGACCAGAUCUGACCAAUCAAUCACAGCACGCUGACGUCGCAGGACAGUCGGACAGCGACCGCGGAGGAGAAAGAUGGAGCCACGAUCGAAAUGGUGUCACUCCAACCAUCGACGUCGACGAAGAGCAAGGUCCAAAACCACGUCCGCAGAAUGAGCCUGAGGCUAUCGCAGCCCGCUUCCGGGAGCGUAUAAGGUUGCCUCGAAUGUGGAAGUCGAGCUCAGCUAUUGCUCAAGAUUCCAAGGCCCCGGCCGAAUCGAUCACUAUGAACGAGGUUUGA